CCUCCAGCACCGCAGACACAACAACUGACUAACGCGGUGAUCUGCUGGGAACAAGUCAUUGGCAUGUCGCAGCAGCACUAACCGCUGUGCUUGGUGGAAUCUACUAGUAAUCCCUGACCCCGGUUGCGCCUCUCAGGGGUGGGAUAGACAGGGGCGUGCGCGUUUGCAUGAUGGUGGUGGGCGGGCUCCUUUUUUUUUUUUCUCUGGGGCCUUGCACUCGGCCAUGCUUUAUCAUCCCAUCCAGACCGAGAUAUAAAGCGAGCCUGAACUUUCGUUGUCAGCUUUUGUUUUUUUUCCCUCUUCUUUCUUCCCAUCAACCCACAGCCGAACAAUUCCAUUCGUUAAAACUCUCCAAACUCUUUUACCAAAAACCAACCAAAAUCUAAAACCCCCAAACCACCACAAACAACCUUCAAAAUGCGUGCUGCUGCUGUCGUCGCUAUCUUCGCUGCCACCGCCAUGGCCCAGACUGGCGGCACUGCCUCUCCCACCAACGGCACCAGCGUCACCCAGACUGGCAAGCCCACCUCUGCUCCCACCAACGGUGCCAGCUCCCUGUCUCAGAACAUCCUCCUCGGUGUCGGUGCCGCCGCCGUCUUCGCUGCCAACCUCUAAGCGACUCGCGCCCCUUGCUUGGCUUUCCACUGCCUUGAGGAUCUAAGGGUCGUGUUGUGAGC